AGAUCGUUGUAUAUUUAAAAAAUAUUGCGUCUUUUCAGAACAAAAACAUUAUGGAUCUCACACCAUUCGCCUACAUCAUAGCAAGCCUCAUAGCUAUUUCUUACUUGUACGUAAAAUGGGCGCAGUCCUAUUGGAGAAGGAAACACAUCCAACAUCUUGAACCAGCAUUCUUGUACGGAAACGUCAAGAGGCUUUUGAAAAGGGAAAUAUCUUUGGGAAAUCAAUUUCAAGAUAUAUACAACGAGGUUAAAUCAAGAGGGUGGCAGUUCAGUGGAUACUAUUUUUUGACCGCACCUUCGCUCAUUGUGGUCGAUCUUGAGUUGAUCAAGAGGGUGAUGCAAACGGAUUUUGUGCAUUUCAUGAACCACGGUUUCUUUGUGAAUGAAGAAGCGGACCCGCUGAGUGGACACUUGUUUCGAUUGGAGGACGACAAAUGGAGGAACGUUAGGGUUAAGUUGACCCCAGCUUUCACAUCUGGUAAAUUGAAGAUGAUGUUUUCGACAAUGACAGCAUGUACUGAAGGGCUAGCAGGGCUUUUAAAAGAAAACGAGCGGCUCAAUGGCGUCGUCGAUAUCAAAGACGUUCUGUCCAGGUUCACGACAGACGUUAUCGGUUCAGUAGGAUUUGGCAUCGAUUGCAACAGCAUUAAUGACCCGGAUUGUGACUUUAUAGUAUACGGGAGGAAGGUAUUUGAUAGCCAUGCGAUUGGAAGGAGGAUCAGACAAACAGUAGCCGUUCUGUUGCCUAUGAGUCUCUUGAAGGCGAUCAACUUCAAGCUAACUGAUGCAAGCGUUGAGGCUUUCUUCUUAAAUGUAGUCCGAAAUACCAUGAGGUAUAGGGAAGACAACAAUAUCAACAGGAGAGACUUUAUGCAGCUAAUGCUGCAGCUGAAAAAUAGGGGCACGAUCGGUGAGGACGAUAAAGUACUCGAAGGUAAGGACGAAAAUCGUGACGGAAGUUGGCUGACUGAAAACCAGAUAGCGGCUCAAUGCUUUGUGUUUUUCUUUGCCGGCUUCGAGACAUCUGCGACUACGAUGACGUUUGCGCUGUACGAGUUAGCUGUUAAUCAGGACAUUCAAGAAAAGCUAAGGAGGGAGAUCACUGAAGUUUUGGGCAGACAUGGACAUCAAAUCACCUAUGAGGCUAUCAUGGAGAUGACUUACUUGGAUAAAAUAGUUCAUGAAACCUUAAGAAAGCAUCCACCUAUUGCUGAUAUACCCAGGAUAUGCACCAAGGACUACCACAUACCAGGUACAAAUGCAGUAAUAAAGAAAGGAACCAGAGUAGACAUACCAGUUCAAGGAAUACAUAGAGAUCCAGAUUACUAUCCUGAUCCCGAAAAAUUUGAUCCAGAAAGGUUCAGUGAUGAAAAUAAGAGUAAAAGACAUCAGUACGCAUUCUUGCCGUUUGGUGAAGGACCCAGGGUCUGCAUAGGUGCAAGAUUUGCCUUACUCCAAGCCAAAGUGGGGCUGACAGCCAUAAUAAGUAAGUUCAGGGUAAUUUUGAAUAAGAAAACGCAAACACCGCUGGAGUAUGAGACACAGUUCUUUGUUACUGCCCCAAAAGGAGGAUUGUGGUUAAAUGUACAAGAAAUAUAGCUAAUACAAAAUAUAAUAUAAAUAAUUAUAUAGGAAAAUAUAUGAUUUUUUCAUAAAC